UGGGAAUGCCUGCAGCGUGAUGCUGGGGCGGGCCCUCGUGCGACGCUGUGGCGGGUUCCGCUGCAGUGAUUUCAAGAGUCUGAGAGAGUCAGCGUCCUCUUUUAAAGAAGAAUGGUUCUAGUGAGAGCCUGGAAGGAGAAGAAACUGAACGAAUACCGACACCAAAUGCUAUUUCACCUUGCAUUAGUUCGAGGCGAGAGUAAAAAUAAACCUUUGGGGUCCUUCACCCGGGGCGGCCGCUGUCUUGUCUGUUGAGGUGGUAGCCCGUACCUUUUAUUAAUUCAAGCCAAGGGAGUAAAAGUAAAACAUUGCGGUCCUUCACCUGAGAAUACCCGAAUUUUCUUCUUGGGUCGUUCACUCUUUCUAAUAGUCGUGAUGUCACAAGGGAAAUCACCUGACCAAAAAAGACCCCGUAGAAGCUUAUCUACCAGCAAAACUACAAAAAGCCGAUCUCAUUCGAUUAUUUCAUACUUUCACAGUGCACCACCUGCUAAACUCGCAUGUUCAAUUUGCCAUAAAAUGGUGCCUAGGUACGACCUACUUCGGCAUCUUGAUGAGUCCUGUGCUAACAAUGGUGGCGUCGUUCAGGCUGAGCCUGUGCAGGCUGGAUUAACGAAUCCAACUGUGCCAAGGUCAAAUUUACCUGGUAUUGCUCUAGAAAACAUAACAUCCCAGAAGUUGUCACCACCAAAGAGAACUUUAAUCCCUGCCGGAUGUGGUUCAAAACUGGGCACACAGCAGAAGACCAGUCCCUACUUUAAAGGCGAUUCUGUGUGCAAAAAUCAAAACGAGCUUCAAAAUCAGAAUGUGGAAACUAUGUCUUUGGGGAGUCUGUCAUCUAAACUGUCGAGAAAAUACACAAAAUCACUGGAUAAGAAGGAGGGACUAGCCAGUCAUUGUCCACGGAGUUCACCGUCCACAGCUGACCCCAGCCUGGUCGAUAACUGUUCAGACAUGGGGGACAAUGAUGAGAUUUUGAACAGUUCUCAGAAGGAAAACAUUUUUUCUUGUGCAUCUCUAACGAAAGAGGAUGCUUCCGAACACACAGUAAAGAGAAAUAAAAUAACUGGAGAUGAAAGCGGAGAAGCUUCCUGCAGAGAGUCGGCCCUCGCCCCUGCAUCUUCAGACCCCACUGCAUCAUUAUUUUCAUUAGAUUUAACUCUUUCAAAUAGUAUAAAGUCUGCUCCAGGUGACAGUCUUGUAAAGCAAGAGGGUGCCAGAGGAGUGGAGGUAGCUAAACAGCUUGAGGCCUGCAGCCAUGAAGAGGUGGAAAUAACUGUUGAUGCUGAGGUUCAAAUGCCAGUGUCUGGUAACCAGGUGGUAUCAAACAAUCCAGCAGAUACUUCUACAGGGAAUAACAACCGAGAGCUUGGGCAAGGUGGACGAGCCUUAAAGAGACAAAUUGCUUACAGCCCUCCAGAGCAGGGAUCCAGUUGUGAUGUUCCUAGGGAGACAACCCAGCCCCCAAUGAACCAUCCGUACUACCUGAGGAGCUUUCUGGUGGUGCUUCAGGCCAUCCUUGAGAAUGAAGAGGACAUGAAGCUCUUUGAUGACCAGGAGAAGGGGAUUAUAACUAAGUUUUACCAGUUGUCAGCUAGUGGUCAGAAGUUGUAUGUAAGGCUCUUUCAACGUAAAUUAACCUGGAUUAAGAUGAGUAAACUGGAGUAUGAAGAGAUCUCCUCAGACUUAACCCCUGUGGUUGAAGAAUUAGAGGACUCAGGCUUUCUACAGACAGAAUCUGAGUUGCAAGAACUCUCUGAUGCACUUGAACUCCUUUCUGCCCCUGAACUGAAAGCCCUGGCCAAAACCUUCCACCUGGCGAGUCCCGCUGGGCAGAAGCAGCAGCUGGUAGAUGCCCUUCUCAAACUGGCCAGACAGCGCUCGGUCUGCACCUGGGGCAAGACUCAGUCUGGAAUCAGAGCAGUGAUUUUAAAAAGAGCUAAAGACUUGGCUGGCCGGUCCCUUCGGGUCUGUAAAGGCCCUAGGGCUGUGUUUUCCCGCAUCUUGCUGCUGUUUUCAUUGACUGAUUCCAUGGAAGAUGAAGAAGCUGCUUGUGGGGGUCAAGGCCAGCUUUCUACUGUGUUAUUGGUCAAUCUGGGCCGAAUGGAAUUUCCUCAAUACACGGUCAGUCGGAAGACCCAGAUCUUCAGGGACAGAGAGGACCUUAUCAGAUAUGCAGCGGCUGCACACUUGCUGAGUGACAUUUCAGCUGCGAUGGCUAGUGGGAACUGGGAAGAAGCUAAGGAGCUCUUUCAGAGUGCAAAAAGGGACUGGGACCAACUGAAGAGCCACCCUUCCCUGAGAUACCAUGAGGCCUUGCCACUCUUUCUGCGAUGCUUUACUGUUGGCUGGAUUUACACAAGGAUUUUCUCUCGGGCUGUAGAAGUAUUGGAGAGACUUCGAAUGUACGAGGAAGCCGUGGAGGAACUUGAAAGCCUCUUGUCUCAGAAAAUCUACUGUCCUGACAGCAGAGGCCGCUGGUGGGAUCGCCUAGCUCUUAACUUGCACCAGCACCUGAAGCGUCUGGAUGCGAUUGACCCCAGGGCAAUUAGGUGCAUCAGCGAAGGCCUGGCAGAUCCGCAAGUGCGGACAGGACACCGACUGUCACUCUACCAGCGAGCUGUGCGCCUGAGAGAGUCUCCAAGCUGCAAAAAAUACAAGCACCUCUUGAGCCAGCUGCCAGAAAUCGCCGUGGGAGAUGUUAAGCAUGUGACCAUCACGGGCAGGCUGUGUCCACAGCAUGGAAUGGGCAAGUCUGUGUUUGUCAUCGAGGCUGGAGACACCACCAACCCCACCACAAUCCUAUGCUCUGUGGAGGAGCUAGCACUGGACUACUACAGGCGGAGUGGCUUUGACCAGGGAAUUCAUGGGGAAGGAUCCACCUUCAGCACCCUGUGUGGCCUCCUGCUUUGGGAUAUCAUCUUCAUGGAUGGGAUACCAGAUGUCUUCAGAAAUGCCUACCAGGCAUCCCCACUGGAUUUGUGCACAGACAGCUUCUUCUCGAGCAGGGAGCAAGCCCUGGAAGCCAGGCUGCAGCUCAUCCACAGCGCCCCUGCCGUGAGCCUGCAGGCCUGGGUGACAGAGGCAUGGCAGGCCCAGCAAGGCAGAGUGGCUUCCCUGGUCAGCUGGGACAGAUUUACUUCCCUUCAGCAAGCUCAGGAUCUUGUCUCCUGCCUCGGGGGUCCAGUCCUCAGUGGUGUGUGCAGGCGUCUGGCUGCUGACUUUCGGCACUGCCGAGGGGGCCUCCCUGACUUGGUGGUGUGGAAUUCUCAGAGCCAUCGCUGCAAGCUGGUGGAAGUGAAAGGCCCCAGUGAUCGCCUUUCAUGUAAGCAGAUGAUCUGGCUGGAUGAACUACAGAAGCUGGGGGCCCAAGUGGAAGUCUGCCACGUGGUCGCAGUUGGCGCUAAAAGUAAAGGUCUUGGCUGAAAGAGACCUUGGUGUCUCUUUAGGGACAUCUGACCUUCCACUGGGACAGGAUCUUCAAGAGGGUAAAGCUGUUUGCACUAUUUUUCACUUUGACUUGUUCUGACACCUGAAAUGGGAAUGACCCAUCCUUGCACAGUGUUUGUGUGUCACAGAACUUGCCAUCUGCUGGAACACCCGGAUGGAUGGACUGUUGAAAAUGUAGAAGUCUGCAUGGGCGUUGUAGGAGCUGAAUGCCCCCAUAAAAAAGCCAAAGGAAAAAGUGAACAUGAUGAACUUUUAGGUUUUUUUUUUUUAAUUUUUAUUUUGUUGUUGUUGUUUUAAGUAACACAAAUAAUGUUUCUCUACUAAAUGUCCUGGCAAUGAAGAUUCCUGAAUUUGG